AUGUCGAGUUAUGUGAAAUUCAUAAAAGAGAUUUUAUCGAAGAAACGAAGGUUGGACGACUUUGAGACAGUGGCACUUACUGAAGGGUGCAGUGCAAUUCUCCAAAGGAAGCUUCCACAAAAGCUUCAAGAUCUGGGGAGCUUUACUAUCCCUUGUACUAUAGGGAAAUUUGAAUGCAAACAUGCUCUUUGUGAUCUUGGAGCAAGUAUCAAUCUCAUGCCUCUAUCUGUAUUUCGAAAGCUUUGUCUUGGUGAGCCAUGGAGGAGGAUACAACGGUUCCCAUUAUUCUUGGGACCAUUCUUGGCUACCGGACAAGCCCUCAUUGAUGUGAUCAAAGGUGAGUUUAGGUUGAGAGUUCAAGGGGAAGAAGUGGUCUUUAAUGUAUUUAAGGCCAUGUCUUAUCCAAGAUCAAGUGAUAGUUGCUUUAAUGUUGAUGUGAUUGAUGGGGUGGUUUCGAAAAAGAGGAUUACUAAUGAUCCUCUUGAGUUGGCUUUGGCUUUAGGUGAUGAUAAUGAAGAGGAGGAAUGGGGACUCAUGAAUAUAAUUCUUAUGGAAGAAGAUAGCAAACCCUCCAUUGAAGCUCAACGAAGGCUAAAUCCAUCUAUGAAGGAUGUUGUUCUGAAGCAAGUACUGAACUGGUAG